GUGUCACUUUGCUUAUACUAAUACGGAUAGCUAUACAUUCUCUCUUCCUUUCUCUUUGUACAUUCCUUUGAAUUGGAUUGUCCGCUCUCCUUCGCAUGAUUGUUUGAUUGUUUGAUAUAUUAACCAGUCUUCACGGUCCUUACUUCUGUGUGCUUGAGAUACACCACUCACUCUCUCAGGAAGUGUCCCCAAGCAAUUUCUGCUAUAAUACAUCCAUCUAUCCAAGUGAGCAGAUCAAAUUACAUUCAGAGAAGCAAAAAAAGAAAAGAAAGAAGAAAGAUGGCUCCUUUCGGCCUCCUCGGCGCAACCUUCCUCUGCGCCCGCAUCAUCCAACUCUGCUCCCUCAUUGCUAUCAUCGGUCUCACGGCCAACUUCAUCGCCGAGAUCGUCUCCAACAGCGCAUCGCCGCCCGCCAUUUUCAUCGGGACCAUCACAGUCACCAGCAUCGCUGCAAUCUAUGCCUUCAUCACGACCAUCCUAUUCGUGGACAACAUCCUCCCAUUCCUCGCAACCGCUAUCCUCGACACCCUCAUCCUGAUCGCCGUCAUCGUCGUGUCGGUCAUCAUCGGCAAGCCGCUGUCCUAUCUGCAGUGCAAUAACAUCGAGAAUUAUGCGACGAGUGACGGGUCUUCGGCGUAUACGUUUUCCACGCACUUGAGCAAUUAUCUGGAUGAUUUGAGCGGCAAGGUGGAUUACACGAGUUGGAUUGGUGGGACGAAGGCGGUUUGUUUAGAGGCCAAGUCUAUUUGGGGGUUGUGUAUCGCGAUGUGCAUCAUGUUCUUCUUCUCGGGAAUUUGUGGCCUCGUGCUCUGGAGACAGAAGAAGGCAGCAAGUGCAGGCGUGGAGAAGCUAGAGGGUCGAUCUGUGUGAUCUGAUCUGAUCGGAUCUGAACCAUUGGUGCAAUGCAGCCAUGUGCAAUAUGAUAUGCUGAAUUCUGGAUAACGACGAUGACGGUGACGAGGCUAAUAAUGCUGAUGAUGAUGACGGUGGUUGUGAUGGCGACUCGACACGCGUUUCCUUUCCUUUCCUUUCCUAUCCUGUCCUGUAUCUUUCUUAAUCUUUCUGUUCUUCGCUUCUCUUUUCUCCUGCUCUGCUCUGCUCUGCCCUGUUCUGCCCUGUUCUGCCCUGUUCUGCCCUGUCUUCUCCAACCCUAAUACUCCAGACUUCCCCAAUACCUAUGCUUGUACUUAUACACACCUAUACCUCUACCUAUAACCAAAACCAAAACCAUCAAUCAGUAAAUCAAUCCACGCACACACACUCUCUCUG